GGGGGUAUAGUUGGAGGUGAGGCUAGUUUAGAGAGAGAAAGUAAAAAAUCUGGAGAGAGAAAGUUUUUUUUAGAGAGAGAAAGCGCGAAAAAGGAGAUCUCAUCGAUUCGAUUCGACAGAGAAAAUUAAACCAAAACAAAAAAAUUCGAAACCCUAACCCUAAAAUUCACUGAUUUUGUUCUCAAGUAAGAUAGAUAGUUGUUUUUUUUUUCAUUUGUUGUUUGUAUAGAUUUAGAGCGGUAGAUGCAGAAAACUUACGAGUUUUUUUGAUUAGGGUUAGGGUUAGGUUUUUUUUUAUUAUGUGUUUUUGUGGGUUUUCUAUGGUUGAAUCGUGAAAUCGGAGGAGAAUUGGGGGUUUGUUUGUGUUGGAGGUGAAAAACCCUAGUUUUUUUUGGUUAGGGUUAUUUCUCCGAUAUUGAAGAAAAAUUAGGGGUUUGGGAGUUUUUACAUGUAUGGCUUCGGCGACUAUAGAUGGUGAAGGAGGUGGUGAUGUUAAUAAUAACGGUGAUGGAGGUGGCGCUGGCGCUGGUGUUGCUGUUGUUAGAGAGAAACAGAGAUAUACAGAGCAUAAAGUUUAUACAAGAAAAGCUUUUAGAGGCCGUAAAAUUAACAACUUCGGCUCGGCUACAGCUGCCACGAAUAGCACUACCACCGCCACGACGAGUACUGCCACAAUUCCUGCUGCUGCUACUACUAAGACUGUCGGAAUUCUUGCCACUUCUACGGCUACUGCUGCCACAGACACUGAUAACAACAACGACACUGCGAAUGUAAGUAUCGCCAAUACGACAAUUACUACCGUCGAAAAUGCAGCUGUCACGGAGGACAAUAACAAGAAUAACGGGGAGGCUGAGAAGGAUGAGAUAAAUAAAGACGAGGGGAACAAUGGGGGCGACUCGAUUGAAGUUCCGAAGUUGCAAACUUCUGCUUUGGAAGAGACAAAUUUGGCAAAGCAGCGGCCUGUUUUGCGAGUGGAAGUUAUUUCGGACGAUUCUUCAAGUCUUAAUAGGGAGUCAAGUGCAGCAGAUGUUGCUCCUAAUGGCCGGGAGGCAAGUGCUCCUGGGAAUGGGGAGGUGGAACGAGGAUUAGAAAGUAGGGCGAAGAAUCAAGGGCAAGAUGAUAGAUUGAAGAUAAAUUUGGCAUCGAAGUCUAAGCAGGAGAUGAGAGAGCUAAGGAGGAAAUUGGAGAGUGAACUGGAUAUGGUGAGGGGUUUGGUGAAGAGGAUCGAGGCUAAACAAGUGCAGCUUGGUGUUGCUGGUGGGUUAAGUAAUUCACGAGUUUCUGUGAAUGAUGGGCUGUAUAAUGGAUUAAAGAGGGUUAGUUCAAUGGGGGUUCCUAGGGAGGUUACUACUCCCAUUGUUACGCCUACUCCUAGGCAGUCGAGGCCUUUGAAUCAGCUUAGUAUAUCAGUUUUGGAGAAUAGCCAUGGUGCUGUUGAGAAUGUAGAGAAAGAGAAAAGGACACCAAAGGCAAAUCAGUUUUACAGAAAUUCAGAGUUUUUGUUGGCAAAAGACAAGUUUCCACCAGCUGAGAGUAACAAGAAGUCUAAAUCAAAUGGAAAAAAGCAAGGGGGAGCGCAUGUGGGAUUCGGUCUUGGAAAGGUUUUCAAGAAUUGUAGUGCUUUGCUUGACAAAUUGAUGAAGCAUAAGCACGGUUGGAUUUUUAAUAGUCCUGUUGAUACGAAGGGACUUGGUUUGCAUGACUACCAUCUCAUUAUUAAGUAUCCUAUGGAUUUGGGUACUGUGAAGACGAAGCUGAGCAAGAACUGGUACAAAUCUCCUGAAGAAUUUGCUGAGGAUGUAAGACUAACAUUUAAUAACGCAAUGAGGUAUAAUCCAAAGGGGCAAGAUGCUCAUGUUAUGGCAGAGAUUCUACUAACAACAUUCGAAGAAAGAUGGUGUGUUAUAAAAUCAGAUUAUGAUCGUGAGAGGAGGUUUGGUAUUAGUUAUGAUCUGGGUAUGCAUACUCCAACAUCAAGGAAGGCUCAUACGCUGCCACCCCCUCCUCUUGAUGUGAGGAGGAUUUUGGAAAGAACUGAGUCAAUGCCGCGGCCGCCUAUGGAUCCUAGACCAAAACCUAUUAGUACAACUCCUUCAGGGAGGACCCCUGCUCCAAAAAAGCCCAAGGCAAAAGAUUUACACAAGAGGGAGAUGACUUAUGAGGAGAAACAGAAGCUUAGCACAAACCUCCAGAGCUUACCUGCAGAGAAGAUGGAUAAUAUUGUCCAAAUUAUAAACAAGAGGAAUUCAUCGCUCAACCAACAAGGUGAUGAGAUUGAAGUGGAUAUUGACAGUGUGGAUGUAGAGACUCUUUGGGAACUGGAUCGAUUUGUAACCAAUUUUAAGAAGAGUUUAAGCAAGCACAAGAGAAAAGCUGAACUUGCCAAUCAAGUCAGAUCAGAAGUUGAGAAGAAUGCACCAGCUGCAGCAGUUGUGGCGCCACAAGAAACUAAAACAGUAGUUGAAAGGAAUGUGUCCACUUCAUCUCCUGUCCAAGUGGAGAACCAUGGAGAUAAUGGAACUAGGUCAUCUAGUUCAAGCAGCUCUAGCAGUGAUUCUGGAUCUUCUUCAAGUGAUUCUGAUAGUGACAGCUCCUCGGCAUCUGAAUCUGAUGUAGGGCAUUAACCAAGGAGAUGAUUAGUUAUGUUCCCAGCAAAAUUAGAGUAGAAGAUGGUCAUCUGAUGGAUAUCAAGUCCUGAUGAUUUUCCCAAGGAAUUGGCUUUUGGUGUACAGUGGAGACUAUGACGGCUACAAUGAUGUCAACUAUUAGCAUGCGAUUGUAGAGUGGGGUUGUGUAUCUCCACAAAAUUCGGGAACAGUUACUUGAAUCUACAAAAUUGUUUAGUCAGAAAUUUGUAUAAUAUUUGGGUAGGAAUGUGAUUAGAAACAGAGCAGAUGGUUUGUUUUGUGUAGCACGUGUACAUGGCUAACUACUGCUACUCUCAGCUUAGUUAGUUUCUCUGAUGAUAACUUUGUUGUUGCUCUUCUCCUUGCAGAUUCAGAAUUUAUUCACUACAGAUUAAUCUGUAAUUCAAGUCCUUCAAUCAAGUGAUACGUAACAUCUUGCUUCA